AUGGUUCGGUACAGCGCCAACAGCGGCCACGGCAAGGACUGGGGCGCCCCAACCACGCACCCCAAGGAUGGGACUGCCUGGGGAAAGGCAUUGAACCCAUCAGCCGACAACAACAACACCAACAACGACAAGGCUUCGCCUGCUACACCUGCAAAGGGCUUGAACGCCGCGGCUCCGUCCUUUACUCCUGGUGGAGGCACUGCGAAGAAGUAG